GGUUCUUAAAUAAGGACUUUAAGAACCGGUUCUUAAAUAAGGACUUUAAGAACCGGUUCUUAGCUUUUUUAGUCAAAAGUUAAUAAACAGUUUCUUAACUUCCGUUAAGAACUACACUCUAAUAACUCCGGGUUAAUCAUGGUCUAAGGUCUUUACUGAUGAUGCACCUCCAAACACUUUGAUUAUAUUAUAAUUAUGUAGCUCGUGCAGGCAGAUCUAUCUUCUUGAUCUUGGAUAUGUCCCCACCCCACGUCAACUGUAUUUGGACAUUUUCAUAUUUUUAGAAAAUGAAGUCAACAACACUUUAGGUUACAUUACAUUAUUAUACGUGCGAGUCAUGACUACAAACUAAAGUAGUCACCAGACGUGCAACCCAUUCUUCUCCGCAUAUAAGUAUCAAUCAAUCUGUUUUGGUUGUCUAUUUCAAAUCAGUUCUCAUUUAUUUUCAGACCAACUUAAGAAAAAUUAAAAAAUGGCGAUAGAUGUUCUCAGCUUCAGGGACGAUAGUAGUCAGGAGGAUUGGCAUGACUUUGAGGUUCUAGGCCGUGGGGACGAGCCCAAGAUUCUGAUCAAGAAGACAAGUAUGCACUCCGACUCCGAGAGACGAAUCUCUGUUGAUCCUAAAUCUCUAUUGUCAAGGAACGGGAGCUUGGACAUGAUAUCCUCAAGGCCUAAAGACAUCGACGACCUGGCAUUGUCUCAGCCGUUGGAUCAUCAAGAUAAGACUAAGUUCAUGAGUUGCAGCCUCCCAAACUCAGUAGCCAUGUCACCUAGACAUAGCACGAGUCAUAACUGGAAGGACAGGACCACGGAACAAGUUCUUGACCUAAUGCUCGUCCAAGAUGCAGCCGCUGCGUUUCGAAGAAGCAAAUCUUGCGGUGAAGGAUGUGCUUGCCAGCCACCGCUCGAUGUCGACAUGAUGGUGCACAAAUCAAGAAAUGGACAUCAUCAUCACCAUGACUUCUCUUCAUCCAACGCCAAGACUCUCUCUCAGAAGAGUAGCGGAAACAACUCUUUCUUCUCAAAAACAGACUCUAACAAAAGCAAUAUCAAUACCGCAAAUCCGAAAAGCAUCAACACGUUCGAAGACAGGUUCAAAUGCAGCGCUUUGUGUCUCUACCUACCAGGUUUUAGCAAAGGAAAACCCAUAAGAUCAUCUCGUAAAGGUGACUCCUCGUACACUAGAAUCACCACGAUGACUUCUAAUCAAUCCAUGGCAAGAACCGUUUCCAUUAGAGACACUACGGUGCUGUCCGCUCGAGCCUCUUUAGAGCGGUUCGAGUGCGGUUCAUGGACGUCUUCAGCUAUGAUUUACGAGGACAGUGCUGAUCUCGGUGGACAUUUUUUCGACUUGCCUUCUGAACUGAUCAAAGGUGGUCCGGGUGGUAAUGAUCAAGAUGAUCCUGUUUCUGCCGCUUUCGUGUUCGACAAGGAACCUAACUUAGAGAAAGAGAUCAAAGGUGUUUUGAAGACUUCUGGCUCGAAAUCAAGAAGGUCUAUGGAGUCGCCGCCACUUCACGUUCGGUUCUCGACUUCGUCACCGGUUUCUUAUCCGACGUCUCCGACACAUGCAAUCACGCCACGGUUGCUACAAGCCACCGUGGGUUUUAGUGGUUUCAUGGAAGCUCAAACCGUAUGAAUAAUAAAUGGAGGAUUUUUAACAAUUUAUUUAUUUAUGUUAAUAAACCACUGAAGUUAAUCAAAUUAUUAACAUUUCAAGUUAAUUUUAUACGUUUUGUAUUGUAAAGAAACGAAUAAACCCGGAAAAGUGAAAAGAUUUGUUAGUAUUUGAUAAUUUGACACAUGCAAUAAUAUAUUGGGUGAUUCCCAGUAUUAUUUACUCAGAUUUUCAUAUAAUUUUGUGAUUC